AUGCGUCUGCCAUUUACCUCCAAACCAUUGUUAACCAGUCUUUCAACAAAGAUUCUCGAUCGCUUCCAGACGCCACUGUCACCAGAAAUGACCGACCAAGUAAAAAUAUUACUGAAGCAGAGGGUUCUAGAAGUGCUUCAGUUGCAGUCCAGGGUGCUAGCGAGAUCAUCAAUGAAAGAAAUGAACUUGCAAGCUACAGUAAUGAAAGAUCUCAAGUGGUGGAUCAAUACCAUGGAAAUGUCGCAGCCAAAAACAACGUUGCAUUUGAAACUGAUUCAUCAUUUUUUGACAACAGAUGCUGCAGAUUUUGGAUGGGGAGCUCAAAUGGACGAUCAGACAGUGUCAGGCAAAUGGAGAAAAGAUCAGAUGCAAUGGCAUUGCAACCGCAAAGAAAUGUUUGCCAUAAUAGCAGCUAUAAGACAUUUCAGGCGUCAUCUGAUUUUACAGUCAGACAAUCGAACAGUCAUCUCAUAUAUUCAAAAAGAAGGCGGCACACGAUCGAUAGCUCUUCUCAACCAAACAUACCAGCUUCUAAAUUACCUGGACAAGUGGGAUAUCACGAUGACAGCAGAGUAUAUUCCUGGGAAAUUCAACGACAUCGCCGAUCGUCUAUCGAGAGGGAAACAAGCAGCCGAGUGGCACCUAUUGAAACCUGCUCUCAAUGUGAUAUUCCGCAGGUUUGGAGUACCACAGAUAGAUUUGUUUGCCACAAAAGAAACAAGAGUAGUACAGAAUUACGUCUCGAACAAUUGUCAGGACUCCUCAGCUCUAUUUUGCAACGCCUUCAGUCGUCCAUGGCGGUUUCAGCUAGCGUGGGUAUUCCCUCCGCCGAGUCUCAUCCCACGCGUGCUGCAACAUCUCAACACGGCUCAAGGAACCUUUUUGAUCGUUGCCCCGAUGUGGAAGAGAGUAUUUUGGCUUCCGGAUCUCCGCAGGCGAGCUUUAUGCAAACCUUUGAAAAUCCAACGUUUAUCUCAAGUGCUGGUGGAUCAUACGACGGGCUUGCCACCUUCCCGAAUUCAAGACAUAAAGCUUUUCGUCUGGAAAAUUGGGGCUGGGAAGAUGUAA